GUUAGACAUUUCAAUAAUUCUCGAGCAUACUUCAAAUAUUCACGAUAGUAAUAUGUUGUGCAAAUACAUAAAUCACGUACCUGACUUCUCCAGGUCUAGGUCACUCCGAGACACCUUUCUUGCAAGGUAUGAUAAUACUUCAUGUUUACAAACAUUAGUUAUCUUCCUGCUGCAAGCGAAGGCUGUUGUUUACAAAGUCUUCGCCCAUAAUUUAUUUGCAUGUUGCUCACACGCAACCUUUCCCAAACUGAAUUUGACGCAUGCGCUCUGUGUACAUCUCUAGAAUAAAAUUGUGCUCGCUGCUCUAAAACUGCACGCCACUCUGUAGCGUACAUCUAGAGAUCUAAAGUCCGCAUGCGCUGUACGCUAACUUUGCAUCCGGUUGCACCAAACGCUUGGAGCGCAUAUAACCUGAGCUUGCUAUCAUUUUCAUUCAUUCCGCUCGAGUCUAAGGACUCUCCAGUCUUCUACUAUACUAUGGUAAAGUAAUGGAUAAACCUAUUACCCGUUGUGUUUUGUGAGUGCCUUAGUUCCUAUCGUGUGCAGAACGUUGAAUUACAACAUUGGCGACGAAAUUUCCGAACCAUGUCCAAGGACUCCAUCGACCAGUUCCUUAUCAGUGGGCACGCAAGUGAGGUCCAACAGCGUUGGAAGAAAUGGCGGCGGGCUUUCCAGUACUUCAUCGAAGCCAAGGACAUCACCGACCCAGAUCGCCAGCGCAGCAUGCUGUUGCACAAGGCUGGCCUACAGAUUCAGGAGAUCUUUGAAGAUCUCGAAGACCCGGUUGCGCAGGCAGAUAGACCAGGGGAUGACAACGCUUUCAAACAAGCGGUAAGAAUGCUUGAUGAGCAUUUCGCAUACACAGUCAAUCCAACUUUUGAGCGGCACGUUUUCAGACAGAUGUCACCCAAUGUAGGAGAGAAUGCCACGCAAUUCUGCACCAGACUCCGUACGCAGGCCAAACUUUGUGCAUUUGCUGCAGAUGACGAGCACAUUCGUGAUCAGAUGAUUGCCACUUGUAUUGACGUCGAUCUGCAACGCUCUCUUCUGUCCAAGAGUAACCUUACCCUACAGGUGCUGCUGGAAAAGUUUCGCGUGCGAGAAUCGUCAGGCAUUCAAGUAAGAUCUAUGGCUACGGCAGCGUCAAGCGUCAGUGCCAGCCCGAGCAGCGUCGACGCCGUACGCUCUACGACAUCGUCAACGCGCUCCCCAUGUACGCGAUGCAACAGGGUGGGUCACGCGUCGUCAGCUGACGAUUGCCCAGCACGCCGCCGCCGAUGCAACACGUGUAGUAAGGUUGGACACUAUGCUGUUUGUUGUAGAUCUCAAGGUGGUACUAGUAGUAGUAAUGCAAGUAGAUCAUCGCAUGCCCAACCUAGGGAUGCUGGUACUCACCAUGUCUCACUGCCUGACCAAUGUGAUGAAGCUCUAAGCUCAGAUUUCAUGAUUGCCAAUAUUGGGUCCCAGCACAGUCACACUGGCAAAUUCCGAGUUGAUGUACAUGUAAACGGGAAACCCCUCAACAUGGAACUUGACACAGGGGCACAGUUAUCGAUCAUUCCUGAAGCUCUUUGGAAACAGUUGUGGGGAGAUGUCAAACUGAAUGCCACCAAGACUGCACUCUGUACUUUCUCGGGGGCGCCUUUAACUGUUGUGGGGGAGGCCUGUGUCGAUGUACAGUACCAGUCGCAACAUGUCCAGGAGAAGAUUCUUGUGGUCAAAGAGGGCACCACCCCGUUGUUCGGCCGCAAUUGGUUGUCUAACAUACGUUUGGAUUGGCAUACCAUCUGUUCUGUCUCUUCUGCUCCACGUACGUCUGAUUCUGAGUCUGUAUUAGACGAGUUCCCAAGCGUUUUUGAAGGUGGUCUGGGCAAGAUCCAUGACUCGGAGGCGGUGAUCCACAUUGCCAGCGGGGCAAUUCCCAAGUGUUACUCGGCUCGACCGUUGCCAUACGCCAUGAAACCGCAAGUUGAUGUUGAAUUAGAUCGUUUGAUUAAGGAGGGUGUUCUAGUUCCGGUAGAAUCUUCAGAGUGGGCUUCUCCUAUUGUUGUUGUGAAGAAAGCCGAUGGUUCUAUACGACUCUGUGCAGACUUUAAAGUCACCAUCAACCAGCAUAUUGAAAGCAACAUACACCCUAUUCCAAAUCCCAGUGAUUUAUUGUCCAGCAUUGCAGGGGCCUCUGUUUUCUCAAAAGUUGAUCUCAGCCAAGCAUACACUCAGUUGCCAUUGUCCGAAGACAGUCAGAAACUGUGCGUCAUUGCAACCCAUCGAGGGUUAUUUGCUUUCACGAGAUUGCCCUUUGGCGUUUCCUCAGCACCAUCAAUCUGGCAAAAGACUAUAGAGCAGAUCUUAGCUGGCAUCGAUGGGGUCAUCGUGUACUUUGAUGACAUCUUAAUCACGGGAACCAACCAAGCAGAGCAUGAUACCCGGUUGCGUCAAGUUCUAGACAGAUUUGAGAAGGCAGGAUUACAGCUGAAGAAAGCGAAGUGUGAGCUGAACCAGGAGAGUGUCAAGUAUCUAGGCUUCAUUGUAUCAAGCAAGGGGCUGCAUGCUGAUCCUAGCAAAGUAUCUGCUAUAGCCAAAGCACCACAGCCCACUAACUCGUCAGAACUACACUCCUUCUUGGGGCUGGUCAACUUUUAUGGUCGAUUUAUCCCUAAUGCUUCGCAGUUGUUGUAUCCCUUGAACCGUCUUCUUCAGAAGGGUACAGAAUGGAACUGGACUCCCGAGUGUCAACAUGUGUUCAUCCAGUGCAAGGAGAUCUUAGCAUCGUCAAACGUACUGGCUCACUAUGAUCCCAAGAAACCACUCCUCUUGGAGUGCGACGCGUCUCCCACGGGAAUCGGUGCCUGCCUACUACAACCAGACAAACUUUCUGUGCUUCAGGAACAACAGCUCACGGAUUACAUUAAGUCUGUCAAUGUUGAUCCUUGUCAUGAUCUGCCAUUAUCCGCUACCGAUGUUAGCAAGGCAACUUCAGCUGACCCCACUCUACGUAAGGUCAUGCACCACAUCACACAUGGCUGGCCUAGCAGUGUCCCAGACAGUCUUUCCUCGUACUAUCGUAUUCGAGACCAGCUAUCUGUUGAGCAGGGAUGUAUCACCUGGGGUUUGCGGGUUGUGAUUCCCUUGGUAUUUCGUUCCAGUCUGUUGCAUGAGUUGCAUGUUGAUCAUCUUGGCGUAUCUCGCAUGAAAGCUGUGGCUAGAUCCUUCUUCUGGUGGCCUCACUUAGACCAAGACAUAGUUGAACUUGCUGCGAAUUGUCGUCUAUGCCAACAGCAGGCUCGAGCACCAACGAAGGCACCCAUUCACCACUGGGUCUACCCGAACCGGCCAUUUGAGAGGGUUCAUCUUGAUUUCGCUGAAUACAAAGUUUUGCAACGCACAUGCAGGCCAAGCAAGACUCUGCGCCAGCUAUGCGAGCUUUCCUGCCAGGUGACAGCGUCUGGGUCAAGGAUGUUCGCCAUGACAAAUGGACACCAGCGGUUAUUGCAGCCAGACUGGGACCACUGACCUACUCUGUUGAGAGUGGUACCACCAUCCGUCAUGUCCAUAUUGAGCAUUUACGGUUACGAGAUCCCGCCGGUGAUACAUCCGACAGUGCUGAUUCGGCUCGUAAGUGUCCAUUGCCCUCCAUACCUGAUAAUUUGAUUACUCCAGAGGAUAGCUCUGAGAACGCUCCUACUGUUACAGCUGCUACGUUUCCCGCUUCUAGUACUGUUACCUACAAUGAGUCUGCAGAUGCAAGCACAGCAAUAGAUUCUGAACCAGACACACCCAGUCCAGCAGUCUCUUUGCGACGUUCUACUCGGAUCUCUAGACCACCAGAGCGCUUAAUUGAGAACCCGUCUUUCGGCAAGUAACUGGACGGGGUUUCCGGCUCAUGUUUAUAGAUUUCGUCUUUACUUUCAGGCUUCAUUUUGUGAAGGGGAAGGGAAUGUUAUAGUUAGACAUUUCAAUAAUUCUCGAGCAUACUUCAAAUAUUCACGAUAGUAAUAUGUUGUGCAAAUACAUAAAUCACGUACCUGACUUCUCCAGGUCUAGGUCACUCCGAGACACCUUUCUUGCAAGGUAUGAUAAUACUUCAUGUUUACAAACAUUAGUUAUCUUCCUGCUGCAAGCGAAGGCUGUUGUUUACAAAGUCUUCGCCCAUAAUUUAUUUGCAUGUUGCUCACACGCAACCUUUCCCAAACUGAAUUUGACGCAUGCGCUCUGUGUACAUCUCUAGAAUAAAAUUGUGCUCGCUGCUCUAAAACUGCACGCCACUCUGUAGCGUACAUCUAGAGAUCUAAAGUCCGCAUGCGCUGUACGCUAACUUUGCAUCCGGUUGCACCAAACGCUUGGAGCGCAUAUAACCUGAGCUUGCUAUCAUUUUCAUUCAUUCCGCUCGAGUCUAAGGACUCUCCAGUCUUCUACUAUACUAUGGUAAAGUAAUGGAUAAACCUAUUACCCGUUGUGUUUUGUGAGUGCCUUAGUUCCUAUCGUGUGCAGAACGUUGA